AUGAAGAAUGGUAAUAUUGGAGGCUCUAAGAGAAAGCUUCCAUGUAAAGGGCUUAGUGGUUUUCUUAAAGAAGGAAGAGGUAGGCUUUACAUAUUCAGAAGAUGUAUUAUCAUGCUUCUCUGCUGGCAUGAUUAA